AGUUAGUAAUCUCUCUUUCCCACCUCCGCUUACAGCAUCUCAAACUGCUUACCUCAUUCAGCUCUACAUCAAAAAAGCCCUCUUCACCAGUCUUUUUCAGAGAAUUGGAAGUGCGCUGCUAAGUCAGUGCCCAAUUCUCCACCAGUCUACCCGAUCUCCUCUUCAUUCGAUGCAGCCUGCGCUGGCUCCAGCGCCGCAUCCCAGUAUGCAGUCUUCUGCUCAGGACCACGCCGAUCAGGUGCUCCAUGAUCGGCUCCUAGCUGCUCAGCACCAGUUGCAACAGGGGCGCCCUCAAGGCGGUCCCCAACAACAGCAUCUGCAGCCCAAUACUGCCAGUACGCGCGACCAGGCCAACAUUGACCCCGCUAUCUCUGGAGCUGCCAUGCUGAGUGCGGCUCCCCAAACACCCACUCAGCCUCAUCAAGGAUCGCCUGACGAUGGCACCCCCAAGUCAUAUGGCAAGCGCGAGCUGUCAACGUCCAAGCGUGCCGCCCAGAACCGUGCUGCCCAGCGCGCUUUCCGCCAGCGGAAAGAGACAUAUAUCCGCAAGCUUGAAGAGGAGAACAAGCAAACAGAAAACAUCCGCGAACAGCUCAAGCACUUGAUCAGCGAAAACUACUCGCUGCGCGAGUACGUCAUCAAUCUGCAGUCUCGCCUCAUGGAUUUACAGGCGGAGGUUCCCGAAAUCCCUGGCAACAUCGACCUAAGCCAACCCCCUCGCCAUGAACUUGCUCUCGCAGCCGGUCUCGGCGGUGGAGCUUCUGCAGCCAGUGCGGGUCAGCAGCCUCAGCAUCCUGGUCCAGCAAACGACGACAUGAACUCUCUGAACCGCAUCGCCGUUGCUGGUCUCGGCAUGCGCAAACACCCCGACGAUGGCAACUUCAUGGGCAAUAACUUCCAGCCUAACAAGCGUGUCCGCGGUGAUGAAGGUCAGGAUGAUGGCUCCGACGUGGUCGCCAAGCAGGAAGGUCACGGCCUCCCCAUGGCUUGA